AUGUCGACCGAAGGUCCGUCCGGGGAUGUGGACAACAACACCCUCUAUCCCACCUCCAGCAAAGCGUCUCAGCGCACCAUGCGCAGGUUAUCCAGUCAAAGUGCCCAAAGGGCGGAUCUCUUUGGAGGGCCUACCGUUGUUGUACCGCCACAACAUAUGGACACUCAUAGCCAUGCCAACGAGACCGCCCGUGCCAUGGAAAUGGCAAAGCAUCAUCUGGCCGAAUCAUCACCAACGAUCACCCCCCCUGAAUCGGGGCCUACUACUCCUGACGACAGCGGCCUGAGCACAACCGACAAGUAUGCCUUCGCUUUCGAUAUAGACGGAGUUCUCAUCAAAGGUGGUAAGGUCAUCCCAGAGGCUGUUGAAGCCAUGAAAGUCCUCAAUGGGCAAAAUGAAUAUGGCAUCAAAGUUCCUUACAUCUUCGUCACCAAUGGUGGCGGAAAGACCGAAGAGGAACGGUGCAUCCAGCUCAGCAACCAACUCCAAAUGGAGGUGUCACCCGGCCAGUUCAUCUGCGGACACACUCCAAUGAGGGAAAUGGCUGAGAAGUAUCACACAGUCCUCGUCGUCGGUGGCGAAGGUGAGAAAUGCCGUGACGUGGCCAAGGGCUACGGCUUCAAAGAUGUCAUCACGCCUGGCGACAUUAUCAAAGAUAACGCAGACACCACGCCCUUCAGAAAAUUGACCGAUGAAGAGCACCGGAAUUCCAACGUCCGAAACUAUGGCGAAAUCGAGAUCGAAGCCGUCUUCGUCUUUGCCGAUAGUAGGGACUGGGCUGGGGAUUCCCAAAUCAUCCUCGACCUCUGCAUGAGCAAGAAUGGUCGUCUGGGUACCAGGUCAGAGACUUUCGAUGAAGGCCCACCGGUCUUUUUCUCCCACAAUGAUGUGGUCUGGGCGACCUCUCAUGCCUACUCGCGCAUCGGCAUGGGAGCAUUACGGGCAUCUCUCGAAGCUAUGUUUAAGGCAAUCACAGGCAAAGAGCUGAAGACCAUCGCAUUCGGCAAACCUCAAGUCGGCACAUUCCAGUUCGCCACAAGACUUCUGCGGCAGUGGCGGAAAGAUACUCACGGGAUCGAUCGACCUCCGGAGACGGUCUAUUUUGUUGGCGACACCCCCGAGUCGGACAUUCGAGGCACCAAUGAAUUUGACGAAUCAGGCGAGUCUGAGGCGAACUGGUACUCCAUCCUGGUCCGUACGGGUGUCUUUAGAGAAGGGACUCGGCCCACGUAUAUGCCUAAGAUGACGGUGGACAACGUCUUGGAAGCAGUCAAGCAUGGGAUGAGUCGAGAAUUCGACAAGGCGCUCAAAGAUCUGACGAUAGGAGGCGCGGCACCUCAGCUGGCCAACGCGAUUGUCGAGGAUGAUCGGGAAUUGUAG